UAGUUGCGGAGGGAUACUGUUUCGAUGCAUUACGUAUAAAUUAUAGAAAAUCAUGCACGCCAAUUUCAGUGUGUUGAUCAAGUUUUAUUUUUCACAUUAAUGUCGUCAGCUUUUAGAUGGACAUGUUUGGUCAUUUAGCAAUCUUUAAAGGUUUCAAGUUAACAAAGUAAAAAAAAAAAAUGCAUAAAGCUCAAUACAUUAACACGUUUGUAUUGAACGACAUCCAGGUCACUGGCAGAUGAGGAAGUAGUGGACUCUUCUAACCAAUGGACACGAAAUAGCUCGCAGUGUGUUCCUUAAAGUUCGUUUAUUACACCGUUUAUAACGCAGUUUGCACGCGGAGUGAAAUAGAUUUGGAUGGUUUUGUACGCAACAUUAUUUCAAAUAUCAAUGCAAGACUGGCUCAUACCAUCCAAAAAGACCCCACACUCAUCGCCAUGCCAACAUCUGCACCAAUCAGAUUACGUGUCUUCUCUCUCAACUGCUGGGGGAUCAGGUACGUCAGUAAGCACUGCGUAGAGCGUUUCGUUUUGAUCGGAGACCUGCUGAAUAAAGAGGAGCUUGAUAUCGCAUUACUGCAAGAGGUGUGGUGUGAGAAAGACUUUCUCUUUCUAAAGAAGAAACUUGGCAAUGUUUAUCCAUAUUCACAUUACUUUAAAAGUGGUUUUAUAGGAAGCGGUCUGGCCGUAUUCUCCAAACACAGAAUCCAUGAUGCUUUCCUGUACAGAUACUCAUUAAAUGGCUAUCCUUACAUGGCCCAACAUGGAGACUGGUUCGGUGGCAAGGCUGUCGGCAAGGUCUUGCUCAACAUCAGUGGACUGACAGUUCAUGUCUUCGUCACUCAUUUGCAUGCAGAGUACUGCAGAGAGAGAGACUCGUAUCUACCGCACAGAGUGGUGCAGACAUGGGAGCUACAACAGUUCAUAAGGCAUACUAGUGCUGGAGCGGAUGUGGUGAUCCUGGGCGGAGAUUUAAACAUGCAUCCGGACGAUCUCGGUACCAGACUGUUGCGUAACUGCACCGGACUACUGGAUUGUUUCACUGAGGCCACCAGCUUUGAUGGAUGUGAGGGGGGAAACACACACAUAACUGAGAAUCCUUUCACAAACACGGAUGAGCUCAUUCCAUAUGAGGGAGGAAUUCGGAUAGACUACAUCCUUUUCAAGGGAUCUGGGCAAGUAGAUGCAAGUUGUGAGUCUUUGUCCACUACCAAGGGUCCUGUUCCUGGGCAACCCUUCCCUUACUCUGACCACGAGGCUCUUACUGCCGAAUUGCUGCUAACUCCCACUAAAAAGGGCUAUGGAUGUUCAGAGAGAGAAUUUGGCUGUGUUGCAGAUAAGAUUCCCGACCUGGUAAAUAUGGUAAACGAAGCUCGUACUGAAGUGAAGGUGGGUCUACACUGUGCUGAGCGCAUGCGUCACACCACGUCUCGUACAGGCAUCAUGGGUCUUGUUUUGUUACUACUUGAGCUUGCCAUCGCUGCUGUGCCAUUAUUUGCUCUGGGAGCUGAACAGCCAUUCCCUAAAGCCUCCUUUUACCUCUUGGGGGCACUUUGCUUUGCCAUCCUACUCUCCACAUUGCUGCUGUACAUCUUCUACAGUAUGGAGGUGAAGGCAUUGCAAGGAGCUGAGGACCAGAUGAGAUUGUCAUUGCGUAGCCUUCAGGAAAGUCUUAAGGUGUCCCCCAAGGUUCUGUCCUCGGACCUUUUUCAAAAUCCACCAGACGAUCCCGCUACUUUGGAGCCAGAUAACUGAACACAAUGUUGUGUUUGGGAGAGGAAAUUGUCUGGGUCACUAUUUUAGGAUGUCUUAACUGAGAGCUCCUCUUGUUUUAUUACUUUUGCAUACUUUUACGUACUAUUUGAGGGCUUUUGGUUUGACCAGACAUUUUUUUACUGUUCAAAAGUUUGGAAUCACUAUGAAUUAUUCAUGUAUUUUAAAGAAAUUUAUAUAUUUUUUUUUUCACCAAGGAUGCAUUAAAUUGAAAAAAAAAAUGACAGUAUAGAUAUUUGAUAAAUGACUAUUUAUAUUUACAAAUUUCUUCAAUGUAUAUUACUGGUUUGGUAUGUGCCUACUUUUCUUUAAAAAAAAAAAAAAAAAAAAGAGCAAAAAUCAAGGUCAGGCACUUUUAUUUUAUUUUAUUUUUUCAGAAAAAAAUUUUAAAGGCAGAAAUGUGAAUCUUUUAAUUUUAUAAAAGCACUUGCAAUUCUUCUUGUGUAUUAUUUGAGCUGUAAAGUUUAAAUCGUCAUUUGUAUGGACGUUUAUGUGUUUGUGGCAACGAAGUUGUAAAAUUGGAUUUAACUGCACAGAAAAGUUAUGUUACGUAAAAUUAUGUUAACGCAUAUAUUGUUUACAUUUUGUGGCCAUACUUUUGCAAUCGUGAUUAUUUUAACAUUUACAGAUUGUCCCCAUUGACUUCCAUUGUACGUGCCUCACUGUAGCCCAGAUUUUUGCUUUUUUUAAAGAAAAAGAGAGUCGAUUUUUUUUUUAUUUUUGUUGUAAUCAACAU